UGCUACUCUAAUUCAGCCCUGUCUGAGGCCUAGGGAUGAGGAAGCGGGCUGUGAGCCAAGGGAAAGGCAGAGGACAGAUAUGAAUGUGUUCCCAAGCUUUCCUGGUGGCUUAUGGCAUUCUCCAAACUCCCAUGCAAGGGCUAUUGCUGACCAAGAAGACCCAAGGAGACUGGCUCUAAGAUCAAGUCCGGAUGGAGAACUAAGAGGGAAAAAAUGAAUAUGGUUUUUGCUCACAGGAUGGAGAACAGCAAGCCGCCUGUGGUUAUUCCGACACUUCUGGUGCCCCUCCAAAACCACAGCUGCCCUGAAACAGCCACCCCUGCGCCACGCCAUGACCUGGCGGAAUUAUAUGAGGAGCACAGCUGGAUGAGCAACAGAACAGACCUGCAGUAUGGACUGAAACCCGGGGAAGUGGCCACAGCCAGCAUUCUGUUUGGGACCCUGUGGUUGUUUUCUGUCUUUGGCAAUUCCCUGGUCUGUUUGGUCAUCCAUAGGAGUCGAAGGACUCAGUCCACCACCAACUACUUCGUGGUCUCCAUGGCGUGUGCCGAUCUUCUCAUCAGCAUCGCCAGCUCGCCUUUCGUCCUGCUGCAGUUCACCACGGGAAAGUGGACACUUGGCAGCGCCACGUGCAAGAUGGUGCGAUAUUUUCAGCAUCUCACCCCGGGCGUCCAGAUCUAUGUCCUCCUCUCCAUCUGCAUAGACCGGUUCUAUACCAUUGUCUAUCCCCUGAGCUUCAAGGUGUCCAGGGAAAAAGCCAAGAAAAUGAUUGCAGCGUCAUGGAUCUUCAACGCAGCCUUUGUGACCCCCGCGUUUUUUUUCUACGGCUCCAGCUGGGACCAUCAUUGUAAUUAUUUCCUCCCUUCCUCGUGGGAGGGAACUGCCUAUACUGUCAUCCAUUUCUUGGUGGGCUUUGUGAUCCCAUCUGUCCUCAUAAUCCUAUUUUACCAGAAGGUCGUAAAGUAUAUUUGGAGAAUAGGCACUGAUGGCCGAACUGUGAGGAGGACAAUGAACAUUGUCCCAAGGACAAAAGUGAAGACGGUCAAGAUGUUCCUCAUUUUGAACCUAUUGUUUCUGCUCUCCUGGCUGCCUUUUCAUGUGGUCCAGCUGUGGCACCCCGAGGAACGAGACUAUAAGAAAAGUUCCCUUGUGUUCGCAGCAAUCACGUGCAUAUCCUUUAGUUCUUCAGCCUCUAAGCCUACUCUGUAUUCCAUUUAUAAUGCUAGUUUCAGGAGAGGAAUGAAAGAGACCUUUUGCAUGUCCUCGAUGAAAUGUUACCGAAGCAAUGCCUACACUAUCACAACCAGUUCGAGGAUGGCCAAAAAGAACUAUGUGGGAAUUUCAGAAAUCCCUCCCAUGGCCAAAACGAUAACCAAAGACUCAAUCUAUGAUUCCUUUGACAGAGAAGCCAAGGAAAAGAAACUUGCUUGGCCCAUUAACUCAAAUCCACCAAACACUUUUGUCUAAAAUCUCACAAUUCUUUCGAUUGUUGUU